GCAGCGGAGGCGGAGGGACGGGGCGCACCCGCCCCAGCGGCCCCACAGCCACCCUGCGCCUCCCGGCCGGCGGCAGCUCCCCGCGCCCCGAGCCGCCUCUCCCCUCCGGCAUGUUUUAAGCCCGGCCCUACCCUCUCCCCUUCGGGCUUCCCCUCCCGCCGCCGUCGGGUCCCGUCCCGGUGUGUGUUUCCCCCCCCCCCCUCCCCCUCCCCUCUUCCCCUCCCCUCCCCCCCCCCCUUUCUUUCGGUCCUUGCGCAUCCCUCCUCGAAGGGCCGGCGGCUGGGGGGGAGCGGGGGCGGUGGGCGCCCGGGGGGGGCGAGGGCAGAAAAGCCCCGUUCGGCACCAUGGCGUCCAGCUAUGCCCACGCUAUGGAGAGGCAGGCCUUGCUGCCCGCCCGCCUCGACGGCCCCGCCGGCCUGGACAAUUUACAAGCCAAGAAGAACUUCUCCGUGAGUCACCUGCUGGACCUGGAGGAGGCGGGCGACAUGGUGGCCGCCCAGGCGGACGAGGGCGGCGGAGAGCCCGGCCGGAGCUUGUUGGAGUCCCCUGGGCUGACCAGCGGCAGCGACACCCCGCAGCAGGAUAAUGAUCAGCUGAACUCAGAAGAGAAGAAGAAAAGAAAGCAGAGAAGGAACAGGACUACCUUCAACAGCAGCCAGCUCCAGGCGUUAGAAAGGGUCUUUGAGAGGACACACUACCCCGAUGCCUUUGUACGGGAAGACCUUGCACGCAGAGUCAACCUCACUGAAGCCAGAGUUCAGGUGUGGUUCCAGAACCGGAGAGCCAAGUUUCGCCGGAACGAGAGGGCGAUGCUGGCCAGCAAGAAUGCCUCUCUGCUCAAAUCCUACUCAGGGGACGUGACCGCCGUGGAGCAGCCCAUAGUACCUCGCCCAGCUCCGAGACCCACCGACUAUCUCUCCUGGGGUACCGCCUCGCCUUACAGCGCCAUGGCCACCUACUCCACCACGUGUACCAAUGCCAGCCCGGCACAGGGCAUGAAUAUGGCCAACAGUAUUGCCAACCUGAGACUGAAGGCAAAGGAAUAUAGUUUACAGAGGAAUCAAGUGCCCACAGUCAAUUAAUGACUGGAGGCAGCUGCCUUGCAGAGGAGAAAAUGCAACAGCACCCGUCCUGCUUCGCAACUUGUUUGUGCUGAAAGAAUUAAAAAAAGAAAAGAAAAAAAAAAAAAAAAAAAAAAAACAAAAAAACCCACCAAAACAAAAAAAGACCAAAAAAAAUCACAAAAAAAAAAAAAAAGAAAAAAAAGAAGAAAAAAAGCCAACCCCAACCCAGAACUGAGCAUGGGGACCAAACUGGGAGCAAACUGAACCGCUCGUGAGUGACAAGGUUCCUUCUUCCUUUUGGGAUAAUGCCACCAUUUUUUUUUUUUUUUGUUAUUGUCAGGUUUAUUGCUUCUGCUCAAUAUACUACGAGCUUCGUCAGUAAAGGACAGUCUCACCCUUGUUGGUUUCCAUUUUUGUAUGGGACUGCAAAAAAGAAACCUCUGCCGAUCUCAGCCCAUGGACGUGUCCCACCCACCAGCAUGCUGAGAUGCAAAGCUUGCUCCUCUCCCCCCCUGCCCCAGCUCACCCUAGAAGAAGAAGUUGUUUGGUCGCCGCUUUCUGUUGUAUCCACCUGACCCUUUGUCCCUCCAGUCCCUCGUGCCACAGAGGCAGGCGCCGUUACCGUCAGUCUGUGAGAAGCCCCUUAAAUGCAACGGGAUGGGGUCAUCCUGCCCGGGUUGCCUGCACCAGUCUGAGACGUGAGGAAGACCUCCUUGGGCUUCGCAGCACUUCACUGCUUCCUCGAGUAUUCCCGGCACUGCUGCCUCGAAAAGCCAAAGAAGAGAUAAAAGCCAAUGUGGGUGUGUGAGGGGGGGGGGGGGUGUAGUGGGGGGAUCGCUCUGUAGUGCCAGGAAUAGGACUGUUAGGACACUCCUUUCUAUGCCUUACAGUUUGCGCCACAGGGAAAGGCGUUGUCCAGAUGCAUUUGUUUUAUAUAUACUGUAUAUAUUUAUAUAUAUAAGAUAUACAUGCAAGCUUGGUUGGUGUUUUUUAUUAAACAAAAUAAAAUCCAUUGAAAAUGUUUGGGAUGUUUGUGCUGCAUCCAGGUUCCUGGAGCCGUGCAUUGAAAUUCCAGCCGCAGCCUCUCUCACCCUUGUCAGGGCCCUUCCUGGUAGCCCCAGGCAGAGCUUGAAAUGGGCAGCUCCCGUCUUCCUGUGAGAAAUCCCAAAGAAGUGGAGCUGGAGGGAGCCAUGCUCCUUUGCAGAUUUUCCCCAUGGGCAUUUACAACUUGACUGAGUUAGACGAGGAUCUCCUCUCCGGCAGGAUAGGUUCCUGUGGCUCUUGGGAACAGGCGAGGACAUCCCCUUGGAAAGUCUCUGCCAGCCCCUCUGAGGGCAGGUAACAUCUCAGCAGGGAAUAUCCCGCGUGAAGACCAUUUCUCCCCCAGUUCUCAUAGCACUGCCCAGUGAGGCUUGCCCUAUAGCCUUAGCCACUCUCCUUUGCUCUCCCUACCUGCUGUUCUCCCUCCUCUGGAGAGCUAACUAGGACCUAAUUUCCUUCUCUCCAUGAAGAGCAGAGGAGAUGCAACCCAAAAGGCAUUUCUUCCAUGCAAGCGUCCUGAGGAAAUUAGGAUCUUUCAUGUUGCUGGUGAUGCCUGCCUUGUUCAAAUCUGGGGGGAGGAGGGAGCUUAUUUAUGGCAAACAGUGCUUGUGCAGGAGACCUGCCCAAACUGAGUGGGACUUUGCCAUGGAAUAGUCCAACUGAAGGGCGCAGAGCUGCUCCAUGGUCCAGGCUGGACCAUAAGGGAAGGAGAAAGAAGCUCAGUUGUGAGGGAGACUUCUGGUAGUGUGGCUUAGGUCUCCAACUUGGUGUUUGCUGGAGACAUGCCGGGCAUAUGUAGAUGCCCAACAGUGGGCUUUGAUAGUCUAAAACAGCAUGUUGCAGGAAACGAGAAAUAAAUCUCUUUGAAGGGAAGGUGAAAGUUAAACUGGCAGAGGAUGAAUGGAAAUCCAGCCAAAGUAUUUGAAUUAACUGUGGGGCAAAAGCCCCAGGUUCAAACUGGUGUCAGUUGUGCUCGUGAUCGUGUGUGUUGCUGCUGGAUUUUUUUUUUUUUUCUCCCUGUAUGGGUAUUUUUGAGAAAAAAAAAAAAAAAAAAAGGGAAAAAAAAAGAAUCUAAUUGUGAUCAGGACAAAAAGCUUAAAUGUUGCAGAUUAUACUUGUAGACAGAACACCAGCAGGGGAAGUGAGGAUGGACAAUCACUGCAUUUUAAGAAAUCCAUAGUGUUCUGUCUGAUCCCUUUUUUUUUGGCCUUCUGUAGUCUGGAGAAGCUAACAUCUCUAAACAAAAAUAUUUCUAUCGUGAGUAGUAUGGUUCCAGCUCCUAGAGCCAAGUGAUCACGUUGGAAAUCUCAGCCUUCACUUAGAAACUCACUCUUGGUUCCUGUGCCUACACCAACAAGUGAAACUAUCAAAGAACAUGUCCUGCACGAUCAGAAAGAAGAAGGACCCAGUGCAAUGUAACAUUACUCAGAGGCUGAAUGGGUUGUUGAGUGCCUUUGCCUGGUGCUCUCCCUGCUCCUUGCCUUGCUGCCCUCCUCCGUGACCCACCAGCGACAGCAGCCUGAGAAAACUGCCCUGAGGUGGCCUGAGGCUGCCCGAGUGUCCACCCUGGAGGUUUCAGCUGUUCCCUUCAGCAUCUUGGUGGCCUGUGGCUUUCCCUUAGUCUGUGCUCACCAUUUCUGCAGUAGAAAAAUCACCCUGAGCAGCUUGCUUUGGUGUCUGUGUACAGGCACCCGUUUCUGAAGUUAGCUAGGAGGCAGUUCAGAGAGCAUAAAGCUCCUGGUACACUGUUAUCCACCUGUGGACCAUGGUAGCCAUCAAUACCCCCACGCCGUGAUGUUUACAUGGAGGGGCUUACGUAAAUGCCUCUGCAAAGCCUUGUCCACCCUCCUCACUUCAUUUGCAUGAGGAAUUGAAUUGAUUUGCAUGGGCCUGCUCCUGUGGGAAGGUUGUGUAAGCUUUUGCACUUCCAGUUUUAGUUGGGUCUUGCCUUGGCUUGGGCUGCUUGGUUGGGGAUGCCAUCACAGCUGACUGGGCUGUUGUCAGUCCAGAUGAGGCCUUCAUGUCACCUUUGAGCUGGGAGACAUCAAGAUGUAAACCAGAGCAUCCGAGACAAUAUUGCUUUGUUUCCAUGGAUUUGCUAAACAGAGUCCAGCUGGAUGAAUGGAUGGGUUUUGUUGUUUGUUUCUUAAUUGCUGAUGACCUCAGCCAACGAUGUCUAGUUUUCUAUCAAACCAAAGCGAAAUUUUAUGAACAUGUAUGUUUAAUCUGUAUUUUAUUGAACCAUGUAAAUAUAUGUGCAAAAUAAGGGCCUUAUCCUGAAAGCACGGAAUUCUCCAGGGUUUUAGCAGACUUUCAGUCACAGCACUAGGAAGUUGCCAUGGUUACCCAGUUAUCACUAAGUUUAGGUACCAUUCAGGGGAGAAAAUGGUCUUGAGGCACAUUCCUCUCACCCGCUCUGUAUGAACGUGUUUUUUCUCAGGCCUCCCCUUUUCUUGACGCAGAUGUAGGUGGCCAAUUAAGUGGGAUUUUUGAGCAUGACAGGGAUGGAUGAUUGGUGAGGCUGGUGGAGCUUGAUGCGUGAAGCCAUGGGAGGGAUUCCCAGAUCAAGUGUAUCCUGUAAAUUAUCUCUUGCUUUAUGAUGUAAAAUGUACAGUGUUUGCACUAGAAUAGAAAUGAUCAUUUUCAAUAAAAGGGGGAAAAGACUCCCCGAUCCUUUCUGUAAGCUGCCA